CUAUUCGCGCACAAUUCGUUUUUCGUGCUGAUCAUUUAUCGUCGCUCCGAGUGGUUCAGGGUGUCGGUUGAUCUCGCCCGCAAUUAUGAAAAUAGAUCGAGUCUCUAAUUCAACUGACAAGAGAUAGAUCAACGGAUGGGAAAGAGAAAAGAAGCAUCUCGCAGUAACGUCAUCGUACGUGAAUAAUUCCAUGAAUAUCCAUGAAUAAAAAGCCCGACGCGCGUUACGAUGAUGCCAGGAAAAAGCGAUUAAUUGAACAUCGAUUUCUCGAUAAAAUUUUUAAAAAGAAGAACAGCGUGAACCAUUUGUGUUACGAAACACCUCGGCAUCACCUCGAGUCGCGUACGGUAUUGCGACGACGGAUCACCGAGGAUCGCUGUCGAAAGCAACCGCACGUGACUACACGCCUGUCACUACUAUUGGCCGAUUCGCACUACAGACGACGUAGCCGGUCGAUAGACAUAUCCUCAGGAAUUCUUUGCUUGUCCGUGUAAGAGACGCCAUUGACCGAUUCAGUCUAGCCGAGUAUCAUCGUCGAGUUACCACGCGAAUUUUCACUUUCCUCUCUCUCCCCUCUCUCUCUCUGUCUCUCCCUCUCCCUUUUCGCAAAAUCUGACGGGUCUGUUGAGCAGCGCCAAAAUGUUGGAACCGGAAGUAGGAGCCAAGACCGUCAAUCUGCGACGAGGCACUAGUUUGAGAAUACCGUCGAUGAGCGACCCUACCGAAGAGAGCGAACUAGGCCUGUGUCGUAGCGGUUCCCUAAAGAUUUUACGGACCAGCGAUGUCGAUCGCGUCGUCGCGCGAGAACGAGCGCCUCUGACAAAUGCGGGAUCGUCGCCGUCAUCAGCGUCGUCCUCGUCGUCGUCAUCGUCGGUUGCGUCGUCGGAUAGAUGCGCGAGCUGCAGCAUCAACAGAUCGUUCCGGUCCGCCAGGCGUCACGCACCAGCGGGUGAUGCACCUGCGCCGGAGUAUCUCGCCAGGAGCCUCCUGCAACUCGGAUGUCCUGCCGUGUCGAUGCCAACACCUCGUGGCGGUAUCGGAUCGGAGCAACCGCCGAGCAGCGACAGCGAUGAUUACACCACCGCCCAUCAUCAGGGCGCAGGUGGCUAUGGACAAAACCUGGACGCUUACACCGUGCCUACGGUCCAGGUGUCGGGCCCACCAAACACCGAUGAAUCCGCUUCCGUCAUCAAUGGGUCUGCGGGGUCCAUAGGCGCGCGGUCGGCACCCAGCACACCCUCUCAAGCUGUCCCCGAUGCGUCGCAAACCGCGGGCCAGCAAUCGAUCAGCGGGUCCCAGCUUACCGUGGCCGGCGCCAGCUGUCCUCAGCCUCCGAGGAGCCCCAGUCACGCGGCCUUGCGAUGUAACGACAGUCACCUUUCGAAGCCGUUGAGCAGGAGUACACCAUCGAUGGCAGCGGGCGGCGCGCAGACUCCAGCAAAGGUUAGCAGAUCCUCGUCGAGGUCGUCGCCGACGUCCACUAGCAGUGCGAGACAGAAAAAGUUUCACAGGCAUUUCAGUCAGCCUUCGAAAUCUCGUUUUCAGGUAGCGGAUGACGAGCACGUGCUCAAUUAUUACAGCUGCGCGCUAGUGGGCGACAUUUUGCUGCAAGGUCACCUGUACAUCACGCCCAACUACUUCGCCUUCUACAGCAACGUGUUCGGUUACGUGACGAAGCUGCUGAUACCGACGGCGUCGGUGCUGAAAAUCAGCAAGGAGAAGACCGCGCGUAUUAUACCGAACGCGGUAGCGGUGACCACCGAGGAAGAGCGACACGUCUUUUGCUCGUUGCUGUCGCGCGAUUCGACCUACAAGCUGAUGAAGCAGGUCUGGGACGCGGCGUUGGAACCGCGCGCGACGCCAAACGCGUUGCCGGCCCUCGACAACGAUACCAAGUUAUUAGCGCCGGACGCGCUGCUCGUCGACGAUUCCGAGGUGAACGCCGCGGAGGAUGAAUCGAGCAUGUCUGAGAGUGGCACCGACGGCAUCACGGCAACGACUUCUUCCAGACCAGCGGCCGUUGUCGACAGCACCGACGUUUCAACUGUGGCGCUCAACAGGCCGAAUUUACCGCCCGCCAGAUUUGAGACAAUGGUAUUAACGAAGACACUGAUGCCCAACAGAUCCAGUAGAUUGAGAUUUCUCUUUGCCAACGGAUUGAGACCUGGCAUGGUGAUAGCGAUACUGGUGGGUCUCUUGGCAAUUCUCUAUGUAUCGGCGGCUUUAAUGAUGAUGCGCAUCGAUAGGUUGCACACUGCUUAUCUUAACCAUCCUCUCGUCUCGCCAGAACGUUUCACGCAGGAUCGACUAUUGCAUUAUCUUAACACGAAUCUGGAUCAAAUUGUAAAGGUGCGGCAAAGUCUGCAGACAUUAUCGAAGAAAUUCGUGACAAUGAGCCAGGAUGGUGGUGGUAGCCAGACGGGGCCAGCCGGUGGGGUGGUGGAACCGGAAGACGCACCGAGUUAGCCCUCGACCGUGAGACUCGAUAUAAUUCAAUUAAAAAACGGCACGAGGCUUCGUCGUCCUGCCGAUGCAGGUGGCGUCGUCUCAUAAACGACGACAUUGAUGUCGUUUUCGUUUUGUUAUCGUCGCCUUAAUUAUCGCGACGACCGCGAGGGCGAUCUUUCUUCGCGUGAUCAUUACGCGAUCGUUCUCAAAUAAACGUCGUUAUUGUCGUUUCUAGUACCUAGACUUCCCGAGGAAGUUUAGAGAAGCAGCCGUAUCUCGUAAAACGAGAAACUUUGAGAAAAGCCCCGAGCGCUCGAAUCGAUUCGAGAGUAAACCUCUUAAAACUAAUCUCGUGCGCGUCCGCGUACGCGAACGAGACGGGGACAACAAGGCAGUUCCGCUUGCGGAUUGCGUAGGUUGCUUCGGCUACACGCGCGUGUCCACGCGUAUACACGUAUACAUAAAUAUACCUCAGAACAUAGAAAGCGACGAUGAUAGGGUAAAUAUGCGCGGCGAGCGAUGAGGGGUUUUCGCUCUUCUUCUUCUUCUUUUUUUUUUUUCUCUUUUCUUUUCAAACUAGUCACGUGUGUACCUAAGCCCCGGGGUACGACAAAAGAAGCAAAAUGAACAAAACGGUAUAUGUAUAUAUACAUAGUAUAUAUAUAGUUAUAUACAUAUAUAUAUAUAAAGUAUCUAUACAUACAGAUGUAGAUUAAUAACAUGCAUAUUUCGCGAUUAUUUGUUCUUUACUUAUAUAAUUUUGAGCUAGUCGGGCACUAUUCUAUUUCACCGCUGCUAUAUACAUAUACAUACAUACAUACAUACAUAUAUAUAUAUAUAUAUAUAUAUAUAUAUAUAUAUAUAUGUAUUAAAACACUAUUAUAUAUAGCAACAUAAUUGGAUAAUCUUAUCUUGAUAUAGUAUGCGCGAUGCGCGCGCCGAGUAAUGAUACUCCGAUGAGUAUUGACCAGGAUAGUAUAAUAGAGGAGCUCGCUUCCCUUAACCGCCGUUAGCUCUUUCAGUACCUGCCUUAAACCUGCAUUUAAUUGCGAUAAAAAGUUUUUAACAAAUAUAUUCUAUCCUCUAUCUUAUAUCUCUCUUUCUCUCUCUUGCCACAUCCAUUUUAGAAUCUCGAUAAAAGUAACCUCGGCUCUAUAAUUUUCUCUGCUACCGUACAAGCAAGGUUUCGCAAACACGCUGUUGAUGAAAACAUAAUUUGUGACUGUUUCACGUCAACAACUAUAAAUGUAAAUAUUGAAAUCAUUGAAAAAGAGAAUAAUGUGACUUUCCUACGAGUUUGAAGAUUGAUGGUUGAAUUUUUAAAAAGAAAGGAAAAUAUAUAUAUAUAUAUAUAUAUAUAUAUAUAUAUAUAUAUAUAUAUUCUGGAUUUGUGCAUUAUUGUUAAACGGAUAAGGUUAAAAGUUUUUAUAGGUUUUUCCCAUUAAAAAGAGAAGUGUGACUUGCCUCAAAAUUAUCCACACUGAUAAUUUUAACGUGACUUUUGGUAUUUGUAUAACAUGUUGUUUAAGUAAUUCUCGAUGUCUGUGUAGCGUGUAAAUUGAAAUAAUUUGUAAUAAAUUUCAGAUCAGAAUGAGGUUUUUGAUGAAUUUAGAUGAGAAAGGGAAACAAAAUGAAGAUUCUUGCCUAAACAUUAGCAUUUGCAUAUUUAUAUCCCACGACGUGCAAGAAUGAAUAUUUACUUAACGAUAAGAGAAUUAAGCAAGAAUGAUAGAUGGCUGUAAAAUCGAAUUAAAUUAACAGGGAGAAGAUGAUGAUGUUCUUAUAUCUAAUUCGGUACUGAAAGGGUUGAACUGCGCGCAGUUUGGAUGCGAGAGAAUUCGCGUUCUCUUGUGCGUGAUUUAUUACUACCACAUGCUGUCGAUUGUUUCUAGAAGUAACGAUAGCGUUAUACCUAUCUUCUUCUGGAUUUGAGGCGAUCGCGCGAAUCGUCUGUAUCGAAAGUGGCUCUAAAAUUUGCAUAAAAUUUUGAGAAUCUUGAGACUUAUUUAUAUAUGACGUCAUCGACCUGUUGCAAUAUCUCACUUAAUUCAUUUAUGCUUAAUUGGCUGUCGAUAAUCCGUUGCAUGUAUAAGCUACUUAAUUUAUUUUUAAUAUUGUAUAAUAUUUAAGAGAGAGGAAGAGAGAGAGAGAGAGAGAGAGAGAGAGAGAGAGAGAGAGUUGUUUAUAUCAAUUAUAAGAUGUUAAACGAUUAUUACAAUGACUGAUUAAACAUUCUUUUUUAAAUUCUGUAAUUAUUUAUUUGAUCUAUUUAAACUUCGACUUUGAAAAUUGAAAUAUUAUAUUUUAACAAUGGAUAUGUGUGUUUUUAAGAGAAAUUUAUUUUAUAAAUUAUUAUAUUAAUAGAAAGAUUAUGUUUUUAUUCAAUUUUCUGGACAUGUAGUUGUGCAUUGAGAAGCAUCUCCAGGCAUAGAUGAAUUAAGUUCGUCGCGUUCGUCUCUUCGCAUCUUCGAGAUAAACGGCUCGCGCGCCAAGAUGCUCGCGAAAUAUUUCAUUUGCUCGAAUAAGCCCCGAAAUUGUUGCAUACCUUUCGAAAACAACUUUUGAGAAUGAGGAACAUUCGAAGAAAAGGAGAAGAGGCGUUAUUAUAUUAUAAUAUAAUAUAUGAUGGGAGAGAGGGUGGAAGAUUUUUGACUGUGAUAAUAGGAUCGUGAAUGCGUGCUCGUAUUGGCACGGUCGCGCUUAACUCUUUAAUGCGCGGAUUGUUUCCACAAAAUAGAAAGAAAGAAAAGAAUGUUUAAAUACAUUAAGAAAAAUAAAACACACACACACACACACACACACACACACACACACGUGUGUGUGUGUGUGUGUGUGUGUGUGUGGGGAAGAAAGGAAACCAUUGAUAAGCGCGACCAUGCUCUCUUUGAGCUGAAUAUGGGAUCUAAGAAAAGUGCUGUUACAUUAAUUAGCUAUAUUUAUAGAAGUAUAAAGCGAAAGAGAAAAAGAAAGAGUUUGGGAGGAAUUCUCUUAAACUCUUAAAUGUCUUUUACAAUACAUUGGUACAUUGUUUCGUUAAUUACAUUAAUGGGAUAUACAAAUGGUAUUUCGGUAUUAUUUUAAGUUUUGAUUUUAUUGAACAUUAUCAUUAUCGUUAUGUUUUUAUUUUAUCGAUUAAUUACUUUGAAUAUUUUAUCGUAACUUGCGCAAGAAACGAGGUGACACGACACGAUCCAACUGAGAACUUAUUUUUUUAUUUUUUUUUUUUGGUUUUUUCACAAAGACAGGACGGGGCAAGCAAUAUUCCUUUCGCGUGUCCAAAUUGGAAAUUGUACGACUCGAUUUUAUGCGGAUAUUUCAAUGCGUUUUAACGCGAAUUUGUUUUAUCAUAAAGAGAGACGUAUGACUCAUACGUCUUUAUUAACGAUUCGUUAAGAGACGGAAAUAUUCCGAUGUAUGCGCAAAAAAAAAGAAGAAGCAUGAACCCACGCACGAAAAGCAGACUUGUGAAUCGCUUUGCCGAAAAAGCUUUAAACGAAAUGUUACAAGCCCUACACCCUACAUCUGUUGCAACAUGCUCAUGUGAUAAAUACUUGGAAUUUUUAAUCUUUCGAUCCAUAUUGCACUUAUAUUUGGACGCAAUAGAGAUUGAUAUUGCGAUUUGUUUUAUUAUUCGAUUGAUAAGGUAAAACUGAUUAAUCGUUUACGAAAGAGUCAGCAAGAAUAAUGAAAAAGAAAAUUAAGAUGAGUCAACAGCGAUACACUCUGUGAAAUUGGAAUGAAGCCUAAAAUUAUAAUUUUAAUUUUAAAAAAUCUCUGUUGAUUAUUUUUAAUUUAUUCAACAUUUGCAGAACUCACUGUUAAAAUAAAAUGAUUCCCGCGGAGAUGAUUUUACGUCAUAAAAAAUAUAUUGUAGAAUCUAGAAUGUUAUAUUUAAAAUUAAUAGCAUCAAUAAAGAGAAAUUGAAAAAAAUGGUUACGAUUUUUGACCAAGUUAAUGACUGAAUAGAGCGCAAUGUUUGAAAAGAGUUCAAUUAAAAAAGGAUUGAAAUGAAAUAAAACUUUUGUUAUUCUUAUUAUUUUUACGCGGCAAAGAGUCGAGUUUAUUGAAGUGUGCCGGGAAUCAUUAACGGCUAUCAGUUUUGAGAGAGAUUCGGAAAAAAAAACGUCGAAACGUUUGCGAGGAUCGUAGCCAAUAAACGCGAAGCGAGCCAAGUCCUGUGCCAAAAAUUUGGUAGAAAUUGAGCAAAAAAUUUUUAAUGAAAAUGCGCUUGUUCCUGUUGAUUGUCGUGCGCUCGUACAGCUUUUUUGCCACAUUAGGAAAUCGAUGUUUAAAAAAAAACCUACUAUCUAGAGAAAAGUUGUGACGAUAUAUGAGAACUGUUUAUCACACAACCGAGUGGCAUUAUUUGCAAAGUAUCGAUCAUCGAUUUGUGAUUAUUCGCGGAAAAUUUAUUUUUGUCGAAACGAUAAUUGUUAUAAGCCAAAUAAUUAGUUUUUUUUUUUUUACGAAUCAUAUUUCUUACACAAUUAUAUUCUAGUCAAAAGCAUUAUUUGCUACUCUAUACUAUUAUUUGCUACACUAAAUAUAUAUAUAUAUAUAUAUAUAUAUAUAUAUA